AUGGGUUUUGGUGGCAUUAAAUAUGACAAUGCUAUUUACAAGCGGGAGAAUAUGUCUCUAUGUGAAUGGGUAGCGUUUAGACUUCAUGAAAGGCAAUUUGAGUGCAAGAGGAUAUUAUUGUCUCGAAGAUUGUUGCAACAAUUUGUGGUUGAUUGCUACUCUAUGAUUGAAGCAAAUAGACUAUUUUAUAUUAGGUACAAUCAGGACUCCAUUCGCAAGGAUUUUCUUGCUGGGCUUGAGGAUGCUAUUACCCGUGGUGAUACUAAUUCUUCAACAAUUAGUUCUAGAAUUAUACUCCCAUCAUCUUUUACUGGCGGAAGACGGUACAUGUUUGAAAAUUGUCAGGAUGCUAUGGCUAUUUCUGGGACUUAUGGUUAUCCGGACCUGUUUCUUACAAUGACGUGCAAUCCGAAAUGGCCUGAGAUUGAGCGGCAUGUUGUAGGUUAUUUGUUGUCUGCAUAUGAUCGGCCAGAUAUUGUAUGCCGAGUCUUUCGUAUGAAACUAGAUCAACUCAUGACAGAUUUGAAGAAAGGUGAAUUCUUUGGGAAGGCCAUGGCUGGUAUGUACACCAUUGAAUUUCAGAAGAGAGGUUUACCGCAUGCGCAUAUUCUCUUAUGGUUGAGUGCUGAGUAUAAACUAAAUUCCAUUGCUAUGAUAGACUCGGUUAUAUGUGCUGAGGUACCAGACCCUAAACUAUAUCCUUCAUUGUUUGAAUGUGUUUCUAAUUAUAUGGUUCAUGGGCCUUGUGGAUUAAGCAGAAGAGAAUCUCCUUGCAUGAAAAAUGGGCGAUGUGCAAAAUUUUUCCCAAAAAAAUAUGCUGAUGUCACAACAUUUGAUAGUGAUGGGUAUCCGGUGUAUAGAAGGAGGAAUACUGGUGUUUCUACCAAUAGGAGGGGGGUUGAUUUAGACAAUGGGUUUGUUGUUCCGUAUAACCCCAAACUUUUGAUGAAAUACCAAGCACACAUCAAUAUUGAGUAUUGCAACAAAUCAAACUCUAUAAAAUACCUCUUCAAAUAUAUAAACAAGGGAGUGGAUAGGGUCACAUUGUCUAUGUCAUCUGGUAGAACUACACAAGAUAAACCAGUGGAAGAUGAUGAGAUCAAGCAAUACUUUGAUUGCAGGUAUUUGUCGCCGUGUGAAGCGGUGUGGAGAAUCUUUCAAUAUGAUAUCCAUCAUAAAUGGCCGCCUGUUCAGAAGCUCACAUAUCAUUUGCCUAGGAAGCAAGUUGUGUUGUUUAAGGAAAAUGAAGCAAUUGAGGAUGUACUUAGGAGGAAUAUAGUUAAGAAUAGCAUGUUCUUAGUGUGGAUGGAUGCAAAUUGUAAGUAUGUACAUGGUAGACAGUUGACAUAUGUUGAGUUUCCAGAAUUAUUUGUUUAUGAUCCAAAGAGCAAGUCAUGGCAUCCAAGGAAACAAGGUGAAUCUAUUGGUCGAAUGAGUUUCGUCCCGCCUGGCACAGGUGAGUUGUACUACUUGAGAAUGUUGUUGAAUGUACAAAGGGGAUGUACGAAGUAUGAAGAUUUGAGAUCAGUGAACAAUAAUGUACAUGAUACUUUUAGAGGUGCAUGUGAGGCUUUGGGAUUGUUGAAAGAUGAUCGGGAAUUUAUUGAUGGUAUACUUGAUGUGGCUACAUUGGCUGGUGGGGCUUACACGAGAGCCUUGUUUGUUUCAUUCCUUUUGCCAAAUUCCAUGUGUAAUCCAUUGCAUGUAUGGAAUGAGACUUGGCAUGUUUUGGCUGAUGGAAUUGCUUGUGAUUUGCAAAGAAAGCAUAACAAUAGAGAGUUGGUAAUUUCGGAUGAACAAUUGAAAGAUUUAUGCUUAAUGGAGAUAGAGAAAGUGUUGAUGAUGAAUGGGAAAUCACUUAAAGAUUUUUCCAAUAUGCCCCAGGUUGAGCAAAGUACUCUAAACCAAUAUGGUAAUGUUCUACUAUUCAAUGAGUUGAACUUUGACAUUGCCGAGAUGAAUCGAUUGCAUGCUGAUUACUUUCACAAGUUAAAUAGUUGUCGAGUUGAAGUGUAUGAGGAAUUAAUUUCUGCAGUAUAUAAGGGUGAUGGUGGGUUUUUCUUUGUCAAUGGACAUGGUGGUACGGGGAAAACAUUCUUGUGGAAAACUUUAACUUUUAGGUUAAGAUCAGAAAAAAAAAUCAUACUCAAUGUUGCUUCAAGUGGCAUAGCUUCUCUCUUACUUCCAGGUGGUCGGACUGCACAUUCUCUUUUUUGCAUUCCUCUAAAUGUUAAUGAGGAUUCAGUAUGUGGAAUCGUUCAAGGUAGUCCAAAAGCUGAAUUACUUCAGUCAACCAGUCUUAUUAUUUGGGAUGAAGCACCAAUGGUUAGUAGAUAUGCUUUCGAGACAUUAGAUAGGACAUUGAGAGAUAUCAAGAGAUUCAUUACUCCUGGUAGUUGUGAUAAACCAUUUGGUGGCAAAGUUGUUGUUUUAGGUGGUGAUUUUAGACAAAUUCUACCUGUCAUCCCUAAAGGUAGUAGAGCAGAGAUUGUCAUGGCUACUAUAAACUCAUCUAGAUUGUGGAGAUUUUGCAAGGUGCUGACACUAUCACAAAACAUGCGUUUGCUUUCUAAUCCAAAUGCUUCAAAUGUUGAUGAUACUAGAGAAUUUUCCAAGUGGGUGCUAGAUGUUGGAGAUGGUAACUUGGGAGAGUAUAAUGAUGGUGAAUCUGUGAUUAGAGUGCCAAAUGAAACAUUGAUUCUCCAGUCUUCUAAUCCUGUGAGUGACAUUGUAUCCUCAAUGUAUCCAAAUAUCCAACAAAAUGUUGGUUGUGUGCAGUAUUUUCAAGACAAGGCUAUACUUGCUCCAACUUUGGAUGCUGUUGAUAUUGUUAAUCGAUACACGUUGUCUUUAUUCAAUGCCAAGGAGAGGACUUAUUUAAGCUCUGAUUCAAUAUGGGGUGUUGAUGAAGAGGUUACCAUUGAAGCGGAUUGGCUUACAACUGAAUUUCUUAAUGAUAUCAAAUGCUCAGGUAUUCCCGACCAUAAGUUGGUUCUCAAAGAAGGUUCUCAUGUUAUGCUAAUGCGAAAUCUAGAUAUAUCUGCUGGUUUGUGCAAUGGCACUAGAUUGAUUGUUACACAUCUUCGACCAAAUGUUGUUGGAGGGACUAUUAUUUCUGGCACUCAUGCUGGAAAGCAAACCUUUAUUGGUAGAAUGAAUUUGAUACCCACUGACCAGAACAUACCAAUUAGGUUCCAAAGAAGACAAUUUCCUCUUCUUUUGUCGUUCGCUAUGACUAUUAACAAAAGGCAAGGUCAGACAUUGUCACAUGUUGGUGUUUAUUUGCCAAGUCCUGUUUUUUCACAUGGGCAAUUGUACGUUGCUGUUUCUCGUGUAAAGACAAGAGCAGGUCUCAAGAUUAUUGUAUGCAAUGAGGAUAUUACAAAAAGAGAUGUGACAAAAAAUAUUGUGUAUAAGGAGGUUUUUCAAAGAAUCUAUAGUUAAAUUUGGAGGUUAAUUAUUAUGUUGUUGUUGUUUGUUUUUUUAAAGACAUUGUUGCAGAUUACAAUAUAAUGUCAGAUGUAAAAAAGCUAUUCAUGUUAGUA